AUGGAUGAUGUCGAAAGCAAGCACUGCUGCGACUCGAUCGCGUUCGAGCUCAUGGGCACAGACUGCUACCACUUCCGCGAUUCCAGUUCCCGAGCCGCCCUCACCUUCAAAGAACUGCAGCUCAGCGGCGAGAACUGCGAGUUCUGCGCGGGGUUGGCGAAGCUGAUUGGCUACCGAUCCAAGCAGCCUGCAACGUGGGUAGACGAUUAUCGCUACCCUCGGCGACGCGAUGGAGAACGCUCGAUGCCAACGGAAGAGGAGAUGAAGAAUGCCCACGUCCAUAUCUCCAUCCACGGCAUCAAAGAGGCCCGCAACUGGUCUUUCGGCUUCGAAGGCACCAGCCACCGCACCGUGCUGGAUGUCAGGGUGACGCCUAGUAGCCAAUCCAACUUCCAUUUUGAAAUCACGCUCCAGCGAUCUGGGCCUGGGGGACGCGUUCCUGUCACGCGCAAGUCAGAGGACGAGUACGGCCAGGAUACCAUCACCUAUGAGGCCCCUGGUGGGUGGAGGGUCGGGAGUGUUGAUGCUGACGGGCCUCAGCCAGCAACACAAGUAGCAAGUCUGGAGACUGCGCUCGGGCGCAUACGGUCACUCGAGGUUGAUUACACGAUGCUGCGGGGGUGGUUGGAUUUAUGCCUUUCGCAUGAAGCUCACGAUGUCUGCCGACAAGACGAGGAGGGAAUCCAUAUUCCAGGUUUUAGACUGGUGGAUGUUGAAGAUAUGUGCAUAUGGGAGGACAGGGAAGAACAUGCUCCUCCUUUUGCGACUCUGAGCUAUGUAUGGGGCACAGAACCCUUCUUGCGCCUCGUCAAGGACAAUUUAGAGGCCUUGAUGACGCCAGGAAGCCUACGUAACGCACCGCUGCCUCUAACUAUUAGCGACGCGAUCGAGGUUUGCCGCAAUCUGCAGAUACGGUACAUCUGGAUCGACAGUCUGUGCAUCAUCCAAGACGACGAAUCCGACAUGCUCGAAACAAUCGACAGCAUGGAUACCAUUUAUCGACAGAGCAUUGUAACCAUUGUUGCAGCUGCCGGCGUCAACGCCCACGCGGGCAUCCCAGGCGUUCGCCCAGGAACCAGAACCCUGGUCCAGCAGCAACUCGAGGUUCGAGGAGUUCCGUUGAUCGACUCUGUAGAUCACCGGCAGCUACGGAUGCAAACCUCGUACGAAGAGCCCCAGUGGAUAUCGGGAACCCCAUGGGCACAGCGAGCCUGGACGUUCCAGGAGGCAUUAGUGUCGAGAAGAAUUUUGUUCUUCACCGCAGAGCUGGUCUAUUGGAGUUGCCAUCAGGGCCUCCUAAGUGAGGAUACGGUCGAGCAUUUUGAGCACCUAACAAGAAGCGUGAGACUCGAUGAUCAUUUCGACCCGUUAGAGUACCAGCAGAUCGCCACCACAUUCUCAAGGCGCAGGUUGACGUUUGAGUCUGAUCUAGGCCGCGCCUAUCUAGGUACGCAAAACUAUCUGGAUACGAAAUGGGGUGGCCAGAAGUUUUCUUGGGGAUUACCUCACGGGGCAUUCGGCUCCUUUCUCAUGUGGGAGUGGGACUUUAGCACGACAAGGAGGCAGAGGCAAGGGACACAUCCCAUCAAAGAAACCAACGGGACCAUUGCGAGAGUUCCAUUCCCUACUUGGUCUUGGAUGGGGUGGAUGGAAGGUGGUCAGCUGAUUCACUUUUUCGGCGACGAGCCGGCCGCGCACAGCCCGUUGUUCUAUACCUUCGACAGAGCUUCGAGUUUGGUCGAGAUACAGGAUGGCCAACAUUGGAGAAGCCUGCCCAAGCCAAUUGCUGAUUUGCUAUUGGGUGAGUCUGCUGGUUCUGGUGAAGUUCCCUCAAAUCGAAAGACAGAACUUCUGGAAACGGAAAUACCCCCGGAGUUGUCUGCAACCCCUCCUCUGAAACACAGAGCUCUUCUAUUCUAUUCGCAGACAGCUACGCUUCGAUAUGAUCCUUCGGCUGGGAUUAAAGCUACAUCAUCGUUAAAUAUACCUUCUGGCCUUAAAAUGACGAGGCGGGAAUACCCGUUCCCUAUCAUGAUCGGGGAGAACUUCUACGAGAUCCUCGAGGACCAUCAGAAAGAUGAGGCAAAUGAUGAAAACAACAAGGAUUCUUUGCGGGACAUCAAGCUCGUCGCCGUCUUUGGUGGGCAAAUGACAAAGCCUAGGAAGUUUCGGGGCAAGUUCAGAAUCUACAUCUGGCCGGUCAUUGAAACAAGUCCCGGUGUUUGGGUGCGAGCCUCUUAUAUGAGUACUGUGAUUUUCCAAGACUUGUGGAACAUUCUUCCACGGAAAAAGUGGGAGCUCAUCUCGAUCGUAUAG